CUGUAUCCGUUUUGCGUGAUUGCACAUGUUGGCAUGCUAUAAGUUUAAUUAAGGGCUAUCCAUAUUUACUUACUGAGUUUAUCUCAUAGUUUUCCUUGUCCACCAUUUCAAGAAGUGAAACCGAGGACGGGGAAACCACGGGAAGUGACGAGUUAGAAAGCUAGCCAUUUCGAGAUUGAUAUAGAUUUUAGAAAUAAAUCGUGAUCUUGUACGCUAGAGUGUAUUUGGAGAUUUAUGUUAUCAGAGUAAAUUUUAUAAUUUGAUCUUCAGAUUUUGAUGGUAUCAGAUUGUGAUAUGAUAAGUCCGAGCCUUGUGCACUCGUGGGACCCGUCUCACGAGUGUACGGCGUUUGUCGCGUCUCGAAAUUGGGUUUUGGGGCGUGACAGGUGCAGUUGAACUGAACUCCAUUAUUAGCGACAAUUUGAUUUAGGAUUCCAUUGAGUUGAAGGCAAAAUCCUCCAUUUUCUCUAAUGUUAAAUUGGAAAAAGGUUGAGUUUCUACUCAUUUUGUGAAGCAAUCAAUAGCAUCGAUUAAG